UUAAUGGAUUUUUAUUAACAGUUCAAUUACUUAUAUUCUCGAUUAAAAUUUCUAAUGCAAAAUUACUCGCAGUGUAAUCCUCUAGAACAAAAUGUCAACUUCUGUGAAAGAAUUCAGCACUGCCUGGUGGUCGGAAGUAUAUAAUCGUAUUAUUGGUGCUGUUGUCUACCUGGACGAUGCUAGUGCCGAGUGUUUACACUGGGAUGGUGGGUUAUUCAAUCUGCUUACUGGAGGAGCAGUUUCGGUUAAGAGUUUAUCGCCAUUUGAGUUUUCAAAAAAGGAACACAGGAAAGUUGUCUUCAUAACUCAAACAACAUCCACUCAAUUACGUACAAUAGCAGAGAUUAUCCAUAACAGUGAUUUUACACAUUGCAUACUGAUAUCAUGUGCCAGCUUGGAUACAGUUUACAUGGAGCUCAAUGAGGGGAAGGAUGUAGGGGAUGUUAUAGCUGCAGGGAAGGGUACAAUAGAGGCUACUAAAAUUUUGGAGACUUUAUUACUUGAUGCUAUUGGUAAAUCGCAAAGCAUGGUGGAGGCUGUUCAUAUACCAAUUUUUGCCAUAUCAUUGACCAAUGUUAUAUUUCUGACACCACCAUAUCAGAAAAUAUAUCCAAUGUAUGAUAGCAAGUUGAUACCAGACACUGUCCCCCUAGAUUUGUUCACAUUGACAAGUGAGCAGAGAUCUCAAGUGAGACGAUUGGCUAGUGGACUUAAUGCUAUGUUUGAUUCUAUGAACCUGAAAGAAGAUAUCUUCUAUAUGGGAACAUAUAGCUCCUUGUUAGCUGGAGUUUUGGAGAAUUCACCUGUCUGCUUGGCAAGGAGAAAGAACUGUUCUAAUCCUGCAUCCCUUAUAAUAGUAGACCGCACAUUAGACCUUUGUGGAGUAACUAGCCACAGCAUGGAGUCGGUGCUUGAUACAGUGAUGGCUGUGCUGCCAAGGUUCCCUGGCCAUUCUAAUGAGGUAGCUGUUGAUAUGUCAAUACUUUGCGAGGCUAAUGUUGUCAACCAUCCCGACGACAUGCAACUAAGUCCAGGCUGUCUGUACCAUGCAAAUAAUGAUUCAUGCAUGCAAACAUUUGAUUACAUGAUUAAUAAGUCGCAGAAGGAAGUUAUGUUCGACUUAUACAACAAAUUGUCUAAGAUCGACAUUCAAAGGUCACCAAGUCCUAAAACAUUGAUGAAGGUAACACCUCAGAGUGUUGAGAAGAUUGUAACUGCUUCUAAAGGCAAUUACAACAUAAUCGAGAAGCAUCUGGGCGUCCUCCAACAAGCAGUUGCAGUGGUGCAGACUUUGAAAUCACCAAAGCGUGUGCAGAUCGAGCUGCUGAUGAGCCUCGAACGGCAGGUACUGCAGAACCUCGCCGCCAGUCGUGACUCCACUAGUGUGUUGCAUCAGAUAAGUCAUCUCAUAAAAACCAGAAAAGAACGGAAUCUUUCACUAGACAGCUUACUCGCAUUGAUUGUUUACGUUUACUCUCUUGUUGGUACCGAAGUGUCGUUUUCAAAGCAGCACGAAGACAGCUUGAUUGAGACUCUCAGUGUAGCCAUAUUUGAAGACCACAAACAAUUGUUUUCGAGUGAGGAGGGUGGACGUAUCGCAACACCGGAAGAGUGUGACGACAUAUCGAAUAAAAUCAUGAGACGCUUGAAAGAUGUCUCUCAAAUGAGAAAAAUACUCCAAAAGUACAACUCUGUAUUGAAGCCUUGCGAGACAGGUGUUGGACAUGAGUACCGUGGUGUUCUACAACAGUUGGUGGAUGAUUUAGUGGAUACUGAGCGACCAGAAAUCACAGACCUGAGGCAUAGGAAUGAAGGGCUCAAAGAUUUACUGCGGAGCGGGCUCAACAUUCUAACAAGUAAGAAAGCACGCAGUUCUAAACAUCCACUGGACAACCCGACCGUUAUACUAUUCGUCAUUGGCGGCAUCACUGCCGAGGAAUGCAAGCGGCUCCAUCGCAGCAUCAUCACUAGUGGGGUCGAUAACACUGUGCUCAUCGGUUCCACGAAGCUGGUUACACCUGUUGAGGCUAUGAGAGAUGUGCUCCAGUUAUAGCGUCGUCGGGUUAGCUAAAUUUACGUUUCUAGCAAGUCUGUUAUUUGUGGACGUACCCACUGUACGAUUACCAUAUCAUUCAUCAUUAUCAUUAUCAGCCUACUGCAGUCCACUGCUGGACAUAGGUCUCUCCCAAGGCAUACCACUGGGCAGAAUCAUCAGCCCUUCUUGUGCAAUCUUUACCCGCAACCCUACGUAUGUUGUCGCUCCACCUUGCUACGGAGCGUACUAUGCUACGUUUGCCAAUUUAACCCUAUAAUUAGAAAUACUAAAAUCUUAUAUAAUUAUAAAAAAGUAUUUUUUAACUUUUUGUCAAAUGAAACGGAUCACUGGAUUUUAAUCAAUAGAAGAGAACAAUUCAAUAUAUAAUUUAUGCUUAUUAAGUCGUCGACAUUUUAGCGAAUUAGGAGGUGAAAUUAUUAUAUUUAAUUAAAGUGUAACUAACAAGAAAUAUAAAAAUACAAUAAACCAAUCGUAAAUGUACGUUAAAUAAAUGCUAAAUGUACCUUUUACAUAAUUGUGUACCUACUAUCAUAAAUAAUACUAACCUAUAAAUAGCAGUCAGUUUAAAAAAAUGUCGUGUGGUGUUGUCAACAAUGAACUAGGA